AGGAAAGGGAGCACAACACUGUAAUAGUAAGCUGAACGCAGAAACAAAAAAAGAGUUUAGAAAGAAUAGUGGAAAAGGGAGAACUGGGAACAACUCAGCCCAGGGGAGGAGCAGCUGUAUGUGGCUGGAGAAGCUCUAUAUCCAUUCUAGGAUUGCAUGGCUUGGCACAGACAGCACACUGAGCAGUGACAGGCGAGAAGCUCUACUAUAUUUCCGGUACAUGCCAGAAUAUUGUAAAUUGUGUUUUCCAGUAGAUUGUGUUCGCACCAAGACCAAGAUAUCUGUCUGCAUAAUAUGACAACAGGUCAUGGAGUACCCUGUGCAGAGAAAGAACAGAAGACUUUCUGUUUGAAUGGAGGCAUAUGUUAUAGCAUAGGAACUAAUCAACUGUGCAAAUGUAUUAACAACUACACAGGGGAACGUUGUGAAGGUAUCCUUUUGGCUAGCGUGGAAAAAGAGCCCAAAAGUGACUUUUCCAUAAAUUUUCUGGUUUUAGGAUUUUUUUUGGGCCUCCUAUUUUUAGGGUUCAUCUAUUUCUGUUGCAGAAGAAAGUUGAAGAAUCGUAGUGAAGACACUCCAUAAAUAUGUCACUUAUGGCAUCCCACGGGAGAUAAGGUA